UUACACAAUCGUGUUCAUUCCCGGCAAACAGAUGGCACUGGCGGACAUGCUGUCAAGGGCACCCGCUCCUGGAGACGGCACUGCCACGGACACCACCGAUGUUGAAAUUCACGCCGUCAGCGUGGUGUCGUCACUCGUCAGCGAAAGAACUGCCCUACGCCUCGCACAAGUCGACCAGCUGCGUGACCUGUCAACCAACUCCGUGACGGAGAGGCUCGGAGCGAUGUUCUCACGAUACGGCAUCCCAACAGAAGUGUGCACUGACAAUGGUCCCCAAUUUUCCAGCCAGGUGUUUGCCCGUUUCGCUAAGCUGUACGACUUUCAGCACGUGACUUCAAGUCCCCGGUUCCCGCGCUCAAACGGACUAGCAGAAAAAGGCGUGCAAGUGGUGAAAAGAAUAUUGAAAAAGUCCACCGAAGCAAACGAAGACUUCUGGCUUGGUUUGCUUAGCUACAGAGCCAGCCCCUUGGAAGAUGGACGGCCCCCUGGCGAACUGCUUCAACGAAGGCGUUUGCGCACCCCUCUACCUGACUUCACACCGCAGCCAGUAGUACACACAACGAAGCACAAGCAAACAAGUCGGAGGCAUCAUACCUUGCCCCCCCUUCAACAUAAUGACGUCGUGCGAGUGAAGGGAACGUCAUGGUCAGAGAAAGCCAAGGUAAUGGCACCAGCUGGACCACGCUCCUUCUAUGUCCGCACAGAGGGCCACAAGACACUACGCCGAAACCGCGAACACUUGCUAGGCACGAAAGAAAGCUUCAGUCCCGACAUGUCGGCAAGUGAGUCAGAUAACGAACAAGAUACCACGCCGUCUGACGGUGCAAAUACUCCACCAGCUGUGUCUCCAUUGGUGUGCCUAUGAACAGCGAGACAACAAAGCCCGCCUCCAACGCUACCUAGGAGAUCACAAAGGCAAUCCAGGCCACCGGAACGUCUGGCCUAUGAUGACAACUUCGAGCAAGUCAGCUACAGGCGCUGAAACGACCCAGACUUCUGUAAGAAGGGAAGAUGUAUCGCAUCGCACGCAUGCGCACCAGCAGUGGGCGCAAGCCGGCAUCAUGCCGCUGUCGCAUGUACGAUAGCGCACUCCCCCUCUUACGGACCGAGUGCCCUAUAAAUACCGACGCUCAAUAAAA